AGACCGCGGGCAGGCGGCGGGAGGCGGUCGGGCGGAGGCGGUGGCGACGACGGCCGGUCCCGGGACAGCGACGCAGCGCGCCGGCGGCCGCGACAGGGCCAGCCAGGCUCCGCAGCCCGCCGCAGCCGCCGCCUCGCCGUGAGGGCCCGAGAGCGAGGCGACGGGCGCGCGGCCUGUGAGGGCGGCAGGAGCGGCGGGCGCGGCGCCGAGCGUCCUGUCAGGCGGCCGAGGGCGUCGCGGACCCGCGCCGCGAUGAUGCCGAUGAUAUUAACCGUGUUCUUAAGCAACAAUGAACAGAUUUUAACAGAAGUUCCUAUAACACCAGAAACAACAUGUCGGGAUGUUGUAGAAUUUUGCAAGGAACCUGGAGAAGGCAGUUGCCACUUAGCCGAAGUGUGGAGGGGAAAUGAGCGCCCCAUACCUUUUGAUUACAUGAUGUACGAGCAUCUUCAGAAGUGGGGGCCACGAAGGGAAGAAGUGAAAUUUUUCCUUCGACAUGAAGAUUCCCCAGCUGAGAGCAGUGAACAAGGUGGCCGUCAGACCCAAGAGCAGCGAACUCAGAGAAAUGUAAUAAAUGUACCUGGAGAAAAACGGGCUGAAAAUGGGGUCGGGAACCCGCGUGUGGAGCUCACCCUCUCAGAGCUCCAGGAUAUGGCAGCCAGGCAGCAACAGCAGAUUGAAAACCAGCAGCAGAUGCUGGUGGCCAAGGAACAGCGUUUACAUUUCCUAAAGCAACAGGAGCGCCGUCAGCAGCAGUCUGUUUCUGAAAAUGAGAAGCUUCAGAAACUGAAAGAAAGAGUUGAAGCCCAGGAAAACAAGCUGAAGAAGAUCCGCGCCAUGAGAGGACAAGUGGACUACAGCAAGGUCGUGAACGGCAACCUGUCUGCUGAAAUAGAGAGGUUCAGUGCCAUGUUCCAGGAAAAGAAACAAGAAGUACAGACUGCGAUUUUAAGAGUUGAUCAGCUCAGUCAGCAAUUGGAAGAUUUAAAGAAGGGAAAACUGAAUGGGUUCCAGUCUUACAAUGGCAAGCUGACAGGACCGGCAGCAGUGGAGCUGAAAAGACUGUACCAAGAACUACAGAUUCGUAAUCAGCUCAACCAGGAACAGAAUUCAAAGCUCCAGCAGCAGAAGGAACUCCUGAAUAAGCGCAACAUGGAGGUGGCCAUGAUGGACAAACGGAUCAGUGAACUGCGUGAACGUCUUUAUGGGAAAAAAAUUCAGCUGAGCCGUGUGAAUGGCACGUCGUCACCACAGUCGCCCCUGAGCACGCCGGGCAGGGUCGCAGCCGUGGGGCCUUACAUCCAGGCUCCCAGCGCCGGCAGCGGUUCUGGCCCCGGAGACCCCGUAAAGCCCCAGUCUCUCACUAUCGCCUCGAGUGCCGCCCACGGAAGAUCCAAAUCGGAUGGCCAUGGUAAACCCAGAGUGACCAGCUCGUGGACAGUGUCAGACCUCGACGUCGGGCCUGACUGCAGCUUGUCACAGCGCCCCGCAAGCUCGUUUGCAAACCCCAAUGAUGGAAACUGGCCAACGUUAAAACAAAAUUCUAGCUCUUCGGUGAAACCAACACAGAUGGCCAGUGUGGACUGGAAGGACUCGAGCAUGGAGGGGACUCUCAGGCAGGGGGCCGUCUCCAGCCAGCCUGUGCCCUUGUCGGCCCUGGGAGCCCCGGAGAAGCCGGGCGUCGAGAUUGGUAAAGUGCCACCCCCCAUCCCUGGUCUCGGCAAGCAGCUGCCUCCAAGCUAUGGGACGUACCCGAGUCCUGCGCCCGUGGGCCCGGGCUCGACAAACUCCCUGGAGAGGAGGAAGGAGGGCAGCUCGCCCAGGCCUGGCACGGGCCUGCCCAGUCGGCAGAAACCGGCCCCACUGCCCCCUGCAGGUGGCCCCCACCACCCGGGUUCCUCACAGCAGAUUCAGCAGAGGAUUUCUGUGCCACCGAGUCCCACGUGCCCGCCAGCGGGGUUGCCCACCUUCCCAGCUGCAGACGGCAAAGCUGAGCUCCCGCUGACUGUGGCCGUCAGGCCUCUCCUGGCUGAGAAGGCAUCAAGGCCACAGUCCCCCAGGAGGGGACCCCAGACAGUGAACUCAAGUUCCAUAUACUCUGUGUACCUCCAGCAGGCCACACCACCGAAGAGUUACCAGCCAGCGGCGCACGGCACCUUAAACAAGGCAGUUAAAGCAGUGUAUGGUAAACCUGUUCUGCCGUCCGGCUCCACAUCCCCGUCCCCGUUACCAUUUCUUCACGGGUCACUGGCUACAAGCGCCUCGCAGCCCCAGCCGCCUGCAGAAAGUGCUGAGAAGGAGCCAGAGCAGGACAGCCCUGCCGCGCCCGGAGACGGGGCCUCCGUGGAGAGCCUGCCGCGGCCGCUCAGCCCCACCAAGCUCACACCCAUCGUGCACUCGCCGCUGCGCUACCAGAGCGACGCCGACCUGGAGGCCCUGCGCAGGAAGCUGGCCAAUGCGCCGCGGCCCCUGAAGAAGCGCAGCUCCAUCACCGAGCCCGAGGGCCCUGGCGGCCCCAAUAUCCAGAAACUGCUGUACCAGCGCUUUAACACUCUGGCCGGGGGCAUGGAGGGCACCCCCUUCUACCAGCCCAGCCCCUCGCAGGACUUCCUGGGCUCCUUAGCCGACGUGGACAAUGGAAACACCACCGCCAACGGGAACCUGGGCGAGGCCGGCCCAGCCCUGCCCACAGCCCCGCUCCCCACCGAGCCCGCCCCCGCCUCAGACGCCAACGACAACCGUCUCCCUUCCCCUGAACCGGAGGGGCUCAUCUGUCCCCCAGACACCCACCACACAGCUGAGCCUGCCGAGGACAACAACAACAACGUGGCCACGGCGCCAUCCACCGAGCAGGUCCCCAGCCCUGGGGCCGAGGCCCCCUCUCCAGGGGAGGAGCACGGCCCCCCUCCGCUCCCCCCCACGGUGCCCCUGCCGGCAGCCUCAACGAGCAAACGGACCAACCUGAAGAAGCCCAACUCAGAGCGGACGGGGCACGGGCUGAGGGUCCGCUUCAACCCGCUGGCGCUGCUCCUCGACGCCUCUCUGGAGGGGGAGUUCGACCUGGUGCAGCGGAUCAUCUACGAGGUGGAGGACCCCAGCAAGCCCAACGACGAGGGCAUCACCCCGCUGCACAACGCCGUCUGCGCCGGCCACCACCACAUCGUAAGGUUCCUGCUGGACUUCGGGGUCAACGUGAACGCUGCCGACAGCGACGGCUGGACGCCGCUGCACUGCGCCGCCUCUUGCAACAGCGUCCACCUUUGCAAGCAGCUGGUGGAGAGCGGCGCCGCCAUCUUCGCCUCGACCAUCAGCGACAUCGAAACCGCUGCCGACAAGUGCGAGGAGAUGGAGGAGGGCUACAUGCAGUGCUCCCAGUUUUUGUAUGGGGUGCAGGAGAAGUUGGGCGUGAUGAACAAAGGCGUGGUGUAUGCUCUGUGGGCUUAUGAGGCCCAGAACAGCGACGAGCUGUCCUUCCACGAAGGAGAUGCCCUCACCAUCCUGAGGCGCAAGGACGAAAGCGAGACGGACUGGUGGUGGGCGCGCCUGGGGGACCGGGAGGGCUACGUGCCCAAAAACCUGCUGGGGUUGUAUCCACGGAUCAAACCCCGACAGCGGACACUGGCCUGAACUUCCAUUUGGGGCACCGCACGGGCUCACCAGCAAUGAGGAGCCACUGAAGAGAUGAUUCUGCCAUUUCCCUGGGAAGCUGAGGCUAGAGGUGGCUUUAGUGGGGCUCCCUUUAGCAGACGGCGUCCACAGUGUGAAAGCCUGGCAGAGUCUAGGUGAGGCCCUUUCUCCAGUCCGCCCAUAGCUGGCAGAGAGACCUUUGCCUCCAAGAAGACUGAAUUUUGCCAAUUACUGUAAAUCUGAAUAAAUACCCAGCUCUCUACACAACUGCCCCUGUUGCCAGUAACAAGCCCUAUAAUUAACCCCUGGUCAGUUGCCAAUGAAGACAAAAGCUCUUACGGACUUGGGCCCCACGGCCGUCCCUCGAUCCCAGUGUCACCCCAGCCCCAACAGUGUAAACUGCAGCCGCUGUGAGGUGCAUCCCCUCGCUAGAGCCCUGCCCUCCCGUCUACUGGAAAUCACAGAAACCCGGCAUCUUUUUCAUCCUCACCACGUGCGUUUCUUCUUUUCAUCACCAAAGGAGCCCCUGUGUGGAGACUUCUGUCCAGCGGUGGUGCCUGAUGUAUGGGCUCCACUUCCUGUUUUGGGCCUCAGUCUAGGUCACCAGCAGGCCAUGGACAUGAGGGACCUUAAGCUUGAGUGACACGCGGUCAGGAGUCUCAACACAGCACUGCCUUCUCUGCAGCCUCUUGCUGCCCCGUGCGGUGCAGCCCAUGGGCCAGGGGGCGGGUGGACGCAGGGACACCUGCGAGGCGUGGGGUGGCUGUGGGGCAGGAGGGCAGGGCCCAGGCGCCCCAGUCCUGGCCCUGACGCCGUAACCUCUGCCCUGGUUCCAGACGUAAAGCAAGGAAGGCACGUCCCUGAAGGUUGAACUGUACGUACAGGCUUUUAUAUGCCAAAAGUAUUUUUUGACUAAACCACUCGAAACUGUCAGAACCAUGUUGGAAAUGUUUUUUUCUCAUUAAAAUCCAGGCCCUGAGCUUUAUUUUCCAUGUAUGAGUCUUGUGUGUGUGUAAUUUAUGUACAGACAUGUAGCCCCUGGCUGUGGUCACCCACCUUUAAGCACCGAUUGUACACAGCAUACUGAUGAGACGUGGACACGCUGCGGGGCAGCCUCUGCGAUGCUGCGUGCACACGCACACAAUAAAUCGCUGUCUCUCCCCUGCGGCUGCGAGUCUUGUGUUCUGGAGCCAGAACUGAGCCAAGCAGGAAGCUCAGGUGGUCGCAACACAGCAAGCGGAGGCCUGACCCAUAUUUUCAA